GCCUGCCGCUCUCCCACAAAUCUCUCCACGACCCCGGCCAUGGCGUGUGGGCUGCUCCCGCAGCCUGCAGGGGCCGCCUCCGCCUUGUGGCCGUGCCUCCUCCUCCCGGCCCCGGCUCCUCGUCGGAGCUUCCCCAACAAGGUGCAGCUAAAUCAAGUUCGUUGCAUGAAUCAGUUAUGCUGGAAGCUACCUUUGAGUGCUGUCGAGUCACACGGAUCAAGGAACCUUAUUGGUUGCUUACAUUCAGACUCAGCUGCAGAAGUAGCGGGAGUGAGUAGACAUGCACAUGUCUUCACUGCUCUGAGUGAUGAAUCCAUGAUGUGUUGCGUGGAUUCGGUCCCAGGAACAACUACUGGUCAAUCAAGAGCCACUUGAAGCCAAUCAAGUGCCAGUUGAAGCGUAGACCGAUCCACUGCUUCAACUGCUCCAGCUCCCGAUGAUGAUCCAACCAAUCUUGGAUCGAAGUCGAAGAAUCAAUUCCUUCCAAUCAUAUCACUCAGCAAAGGUUCUAUCAUAUCCCAGUCCACUUAACCACAUGCUCCCUUUGGCAUAUAAUUCUUUUAUAACCAUGCACUUUAAGCCAUCAACUCAUCGUGUGGACUCAGUAUUUUCUGAUCCUUUAGAUGUACAAUAGUAAAAUGUGAAAAGUUACAAGGCCGGCCUCAAGCCAAACCUAACAUACCAAAGCGGGAUUAUAACUUGAAGGAUCUUGGUACCAUCUUGCACCCAAGCAACCCCCAAGCGACAUUUGUUAUCCAAAAGAUCUCAAUAAGAAAGAGAGGCCACUUCUUAGCACUAUUUGCCACUUCCAAUGCCACAUUGAAAGGUUGAGCAGUAAAGCAGCUUGAAAGAAAAUGGUACACACCCAAACUCGCAUCUUUCAUCAACAAGGAAAGGCGAAUAAACCAUAGAGAAAGGGUGAGCUUUGCCAGACAAAGAUAUGGUCUCAUCUUCUGAUCAAGCUGAACCGCACCAUCCGGUAGAAUAGGGCAAGCUUUAGACAGACCAUGAUUGCACUCUACUGGAGCAUUGAUCCUUCAAGCUGCUGAGCAUCAGAUGCCACCCAUGCCCCAAUCAAGGGCUGAUAUGAUGUGUAUAUAUGUAUGUGAGGAUCUGUCUGUUUUUCGUUGGAUGCCUUAGAUCAGUCUUUAGGUUUGAACUGUUGAGAGCUUUCUACUUAAACAUGAAAGUUGGUGCAAUCGUCAAUGAAGCUGGUAGUCUUGUGCCACUUGUGAAAAAAAGAAUAAACCGUGCUACUCCCUCCAUUCCAAAUUGUAAGUCAUUCUAACUUUCUUCGAGAGUCAAACUAUAGUUUUAUGUUUGACCAAAAUUAUAGAAAGAUUACGAAGAUUUUUAGAACCAAAUAGAUAUACUAUGGAAGUAUAUGUAACAAAGAAUCUAAUGAUACUUAUUUGGUAUCAUAAAUGUUGGUACUUUAUUGUAUAAACUUGUUUAAACUUGAAAUAUUUUGACUCUCCAAAAAAGUUAAAAUGAUUUACAAUUUGGAACGGAGGAAGUACAUGUUAUUAGAUGAGGUGGCACAAUCCCACCGGCUUGUGUACCUACCUCCUUCGGUGGCCGGUUCAGUGAAACCAGAAAAAUUCCAUUCAAAAGUAGAAAAGAAGAAGAAGAAGAAGAAAUUAUAUGCCGAUGACUUAUUCAAAAUUUGAAAUGAAGCUCGCGGCGAUCAGGGAAAUAUCCCUGCAUUCCUCCUAAUCAAACAUGGAGAUUAUAGUCGUUGGAAUCUCACCAUGACUACUGAUGGCGCCCCUUCAGUCCACCAGCUAUAUAAACAAGGUGAAUAGCACGCCAGCUUGAUGAAGCCACCAUCACACAGUUAAGCACAGCCAAGAGAGGUGAGCAUGGCGUACAGGGUGCUGGAGGUGACCCUCCUGUCAGCCAGGGACCUCAAGAGGGUGAACCUGAUCUCGCGCAUGGAGGUGUACGCCGUGGUGACCAUCUCCGGCGACCCGCUGACGCGGCAGUGCACCCAGCCGGACCCCUACGGCGGGCGCCACCCGUCGUGGAACACCUCCUUCCGGUUCAACGUCCCGCCCACCGCCGCGACGGCCACCGGCUGCCUCCACGUGCUCCUGCGCACCGAGCGCGCCCUGGGCGACCGCAACGUCGGCGAGGUCAUCGUGCCCCUCGCCGACAUCCUCACCGGCGGCGGCGCCGAGUGCGACCCCGGCCCCCGGCCGCCGCAGCUCGCGUCCUACCAGGUCCGCAAGGUGCACCGGUGCGAGCCGCGCGGGAUGCUCAACGUGUCGUACCGCCUGGGCCCCAUCGUCGCCCCGCAGGCGGCGCCGCUGGCGAGAGCCGACGAGGCGGCCGUCCCCUACGUCGGGUUCCCGGUGGCGCGGUCGUUCUACGCCCCGCCUUACGCCUACCUGCCCGCCGCGCCGGCGCCUGCUCAUCCGCAAGCUGCCGGCGGCCACGACGCCAUGGCCGUGCACCCACCUACACCGUCUGCGGGGGCGAUCAGCACCUACAACUCACCGCCUGCCGCCGCCUAUCCGCAAGCUGCCCCCGGGCAUGCGGCGGCGGCGGCGUUGCCGCCGGCGAAGGGAAACGGCGGCGACAGGAUGGACUUCGGGGUGGGGCUCGGCGCCGGACUUGUGAGCGGCGCGAUCAGCGGGAUGCUGGCGGGCGACAUGAUGUCCGAGGCGGCGGCCUACAACUACGGUUACCGCGCCGGGUUGGCCGACGCCGAAGCCGGGGCGACCGUGUACAAGAACUACUCUCACGUUCGCGGCAAAGUUGAAGCAAAUCGGAAGGUGGUGUGAUACGAUCACGUGCAUCGAUCGAACUGCGCGUGACGUGUUUGUUUGCACCCAGCACUUGUAUGUACGGUACUGUAUUAGAGACGUACUUUAUGAUGGGCAUGUAGUAGUCACGUACUAAUAAGGACAGUAAUGAGUCCUGGUUGACCACGCA